AUGAACAAGAUUACAAGAGCCCCAAUUAGCGCAUUCUUGCUGCUAUCAUGCGCACUGAGCGUGUCUGCACACGGCGGUGCGACAGAGCAUCCACAGGUCGAGGUUGCGCCAGAUGCAGACUGGGCGACGCGACAUAUGGCUGAGGAGCAUCACCUUUCCGGCUUCGACGCAACGACCUUCUUCAAUUUGCACGACUACGAGAGCACGGGGCUCUGGACGGCCAAGGAUAUCCGCCGCACUUACGGCCUCGAAGACGUCUCCUCGGCCUCCAUCUCCGAGGGCAAGAAAGGAGCCGUUGUCCAGACCAUCCUUGACAUGUUCGACAUCGACAAGGACGGCGCCAUCUCGCUCUCCGAAUUCCUUCGCAAAGACCAGGAGGGCACAAAGUUGCCCGAUUUUGGUAUGGGGCCUGGACAUCAUGGCGACGACGAGUAUGAGUAUGAAAUCCAUCAUUUUGAAAAGUAUCACAGCGGGGAUGAUGUCAAAGAGGAGGAUUUGAACCAUCCUGAGGACAUUGCCCAUUUCAAGAUGCACGAGGAGAAAGAGGCAGCGCAGGAAGAGUGGGAACGGUUGGAGAUGAGGGGCGUCGUGGAGAAGAACAUUCCUGCAAAGUAUAGGAGGAAUUAA